GAGAUAUUAACGUAAUGUUCGAACUUCGUGUUGUACGUUAGCGUUUAUGAUUUUGUCGGUUAUUUAUGGUGUACAAUUAAACGUAUAAAUACAAAUUAUGAGAUGAGCCCCCUUUAUUGACACUUUAACGUACAUAAUUCAGGUGAUACAGAAACAAAGGUCCUUCAACUCGGCAACGAAAGGUAUGUCGUGCCGUCGGAGGUUAAGCGUGUCAUGCUUCUAACCUAGAAAUUAUAUUUUCAAAACUGACAUACCUAGAUGCGAUAAAUCGUAUGACUGAACAGCAUUUUGCAGAUUGGAUUCUGUGAAAUAGGAAUUACCAGCACGGCUUAAUAUGAUUACUUUACGAGGCAAGCUGAAGAAAGAUAACGAUGUAUCAAAUUCAAAGAACAGAGAUUUCAAUAAGCGAGUCUCCGUACGUGAUAAAUUAUUGGUCAAAGAGGUGCAGGAGAUGGAACAGACGCUGCCAGCCACUUGUCAGGUCUCAUUCAACGACCCACAUCGACUCCACGAAUUUACGCUUUUAAUUGUACCAGACGAAGGAUAUUGGAUCGGUGGUCGUUUCUAUUUUCAAAUCUAUAUACCUGAGGAUUACAAUAUGGCGCCGCCGAAAGUGAAAUGUCAGACGAAGUUAUGGCAUCCUAAUAUAAGUGAGGAGGGUGACGUCUGCCUUUCUAUAUUAAGGCAAAGUAGUCUUGACGGAAUGGGAUGGGCGCCGACUCGCAAGCUGAAAGACGUUGUUUGGGGUUUAAAUUCCCUUUUUACUGACCUCCUAAACUUUGAUGAUCCUUUGAAUAAAGAUGCAGCGGAUCAGUUUAUUAAGGAUAAAGAGUCGUUUCGAAGUAAAGUUAGAGACUACGUAAUGCAAUAUGCAAAGAGAUGAUUAACAUUGUAACAUUUUAAGGCAAGGACUAUUGUCGAAUUAAUUUGAUUGCUCUUCUUUUUUUUUCCGGGUGAACGAGUGAAAUAGAUUUUAACUUGCUUCAGGAUAAUACGGUUGAUAGAUGCGGACGUUGUUAUUUGAUAUCUACUGACUGAACAUGGUUUGUCCUAGUUUCGUAUUUUGCUAGUCUAUUUUUAUUGCGAAAAGACAGAGAGAGAGAGAGAGAGAGAUUAUACUGGAAUUGAAUAAUUUAAUUGCUGGGUUGUUAUAGCAAAAUUUUGUUAAUGUGUAUACUAAAUAUUAUUUCGAUAUAUGAAUAAGAGAAGAGGAUUGGAAAUGCAUCACGUGUACAAUAAUACUUGUCCUCUUCUGGAAAUACUGUAACGCGGAAUCUGUAAAUAAAGUCGAUGUUUAAUAA